UGCCUGAAUCCUUUGAUGAUGUUGCCAUCACAUUUUCGGAGGAGGAAUGGAAGACUCUGAGUGCACAGGAAAAGGAGCUGCACAGGGAAGUGAUGCUGCAAAACUAUGAGACCAUGACAUCCAUUGGAUAUGAAAUACCAGAAGGGGACCUAUUAUCUCUGAUAGAGAGGAGUGAGGUACUUCUUGUGAAUGUGAAGCAGGAGGAAACGGAACAGCUGAAGGAGGAUCUCGCUACUGUGUUCAACAUCACCAGUUCUUCAGAUCCUGAGAGUGGCCUUUUGCAAAUUCCUGCAUAUAAACACAGCUUCUUGUCAGAAAUGAAUUUUAAAUAUGAUCCAUUUGACAUGCGUAUCACAGAUCAGCUAACGUUCAUGGCAAAGUCAUUUGAAGAAUAUAAUCACAUUCUUCCAAGGGAGAAAUAUGAAUGGCCUUUUAAAGAAGAGAAACCUCUUGAGUGUGUUGCAGGAGAAAACAACAUUAUUCCUUGGGCAAAUCACUCAGCAGUCAAACUAAAUCAUGUGGUAGACAAGCCACAUAAAUGUGACAUUUGUGGAAAGAGUUUUAGGUGUAAAAGUAAGCUUUCUUACCACCAAAUGAUUCAUACAGGAGAAAAACCUUUCAGCUGUACAGAAUGUGGGAAGCGCUUUAGAGGGAAGGAGAAGCUUGCAUGCCACCAAAGGAUUCAUACAGGAGAGAAACCUUUUAAGUGCACUGAUUGUGACAAGCAUUUCAGAUCAAAGGAACAUCUCACACGGCAUCAGAGAGUUCACACCGGGGAAAAACCGUUCAAGUGUACAAAAUGUGAAGAGAGUUUUACGUGGAAUACACAACUGUUGCGCCAUAACAGAGUGCACACAGAGGUGCCAACAUUUAACUGCACAGGAUGUCCAAAAAUCUUUAAAGAAGAAAAGAGCCUCUUGCAUCAUCAGAGGAUUCACACGGGUGAAAACCCAUUUAAAUGUUCUGAAUGUGAUAAGAGCUUUCGAUGGAAUACCCAGUUGUCUCGUCAUCUAAGGAGUCAUAUGGGAGGAAUAACCUAUAGUUGUACUGUGUGCGGGAAGACUUUUAAAGAGAAAGAAAACUUUUCACGUCAUCUAAGAAUUCAUACAGAGGAGAAAGCUUUUAAAUGUAUAGAGUGUGGAAAGAGUUUUUCAACUAAAUUUUAUUUUAUAAAGCAUAAGAUGAUUCAUACAGGAGAAAAGCCUUUCAAAUGUGCUGAUUGUGGAAAGAAAUUUAGGUGGAGUAACCAACUCUCCUACCAUCAAAAGAGUCAUACAGGAGAGAAUCUUUUUAAAUGCAAUGAGUGUGGAAAGAGUUUUGCAACUAAGUUGUACUUUCGUAAACACCAAAUGAUUCACACAGGAGAAAAACCUUUUACAUGUACUGAGUGUGGAGAGAAGUUUAGGUGGAAUAACCAGCUUGCAAAUCAUCAAAAAAUUCAUUCUGGGGAGGCAGCAUUUAAUUGCACAGUAUGUGGGAAGAGUUUUUUAACAGAAAAGUCUUAUACCAAACACCAGAGGAUCCACACAGGAGAAAAACCAUUUGAAUGUACUGAAUGUGGAAAACGGUUUAGUUGGAAUACCCAGCUCACUCGCCAUCAAAAGAUUCACACAGGAGAAACCACUUUGAUUUGUACAGAGUGUGGGAAGAGCUUCAAAACUGAAAAGUCUUUCACUAAACACCAGAUGAGCCACACAAAAGAACAACCUUUUAAAUGUUCUGAAUGUGGGAAACAUUUUAGGUGGAAAGUGCAUCUUACAGACCAUCAGAGGAUUCACACGGGAGAAGAACCUUUUAAAUGUACAGAGUGUGGAAAGACUUUCAGAUGGAAUACACAGCUGUCACGGCAUCUGAGAACUCACAGUGAAGGAACAACAUUUAGCUGUGCAAUUUGUGGAAAGUGUUUUCAAGAGAAAGAAAGUUUGUCACGUCACCAAAGGAUUCAUACUGGGGAGAAAUGUUUUAAAUGCACUGAUUGCGGGAAGGGGUUUACAACAAAAUUUUACUUAACAAAGCACAGAAUGAUUCAUACAGGGGAAAAGCCCUACAAAUGUUCUGAGUGCGGAAAGAGUUUUAGGUGGAAUAACCAACUUUUAAACCAUCAGUGGAUUCAUACUGGAGAAAAAUGCUGUGCAUGCCCUGAGUGUGGGAAGAGCUUCACAACUAAAUUUUAUUUAAAAAAACAUCAAAUGAUUCACACGGGUGAAAAACCAUUUAAAUGCACGGAAUGUGGGAAGUGUUUUAGAUGGAAAGUACAUCUCACAGGCCACUUAAGGAUACAUACCAGGGAGAAACCUUUAAAAUGCAGUGAUUGUGAUAAAAGUUUUAGGUUGGAGACCCAGCUGUUACGACAUAGGACAAUUCAUACAGGAGAAAAACCUUUUAAAUGUAACGACUGUGGAAAGAGUUUCACAACUAAAUUUUACUUUUCUAAACACAAGAUGAUCCACACAGGGGAGAAGCCUUUUCAGUGUUUGCUGUGUGAAAAGAGUUUCACAACUAGAUUUUAUUUCACUAAACACCAAAUGGUGCACACUGGGGAAAAGCCAUUUACUUGUUCAGAGUGUGGAAAAAGCUUUAGGUGGAAGGUGCAUCUUACAAGUCAUCAAAAAGUACACACUAAAGAAAAACCUUUUAAAUGCACAAAAUGUGGGAUGUGUUUUAGAUGGAAUACUCAGCUUUCACGCCAUCUGAGGGCUCACUCAGGUGCAGCAUGUUUUAUCUGUACAGAAUGUGGGAAGAGUUUUUCAACAGAAUAUUCUUUUACUAAACAUCAAAGGAUACACACCGGAGAAAUGCCCUUUGAAUGUACUACAUGUGGGAAAAGUUUUAGAUGGAAUACACAGCUUUCACGCCAUCUGAGGGUUCACAUAGAGGAAACGGUCAUUAUCUGUGAAGAGUGUGGAAAGUGCUUCACAAGUGAACAGGCAUUUUCUAAACAUCAGACAAGCCACAAAGAUGUGCAAGCUUUUAAGUGUGAUGAAUGUGGAAGGCAUUUUAGAACAAAGGUGCAUCUGACAGACCAUCAGAGGAUUCACACGGGAGAGGAGCCUUUUAAAUGUACAGAGUGUGGGAAAACUUUUAGGUGGAACACACAACUGUCACGUCAUCAGCGGGUUCACUCUGAGGAUACUGUAUAUAAUUGCUCUGUGUGUGGGAAAAGCUUUCAGGAUAAAGAAAAUUUAAGACGUCAUAAUAAAAUUCAUACAGGGGAGAAGUGUUUUAAGUGUAAUGUGUGUGGGAAGAGUUUUACAACUAGAUUUUAUUUUAAAAAACACCAGAUGAUUCAUACUGGAGAGAAACCCUACAAGUGUGCCCAGUGUGGAAAGAGCUUUAGAUGGAAUAACCAACUUAUAAACCAUCAGUGGAUUCAUACAGGUGAGAAGCUCUUCAAAUGCCUUGAGUGUGAGAAGAGUUUCACAACCCGAUUUUAUUUUAUAAAGCACCAGAUGAUUCAUACAGGUGAGAAGCCAUUUAAAUGUACUGAGUGUGACAAGAGUUUUCGAUGGAAGACUCAUCUUAAAAGUCACCAGAAGAGUCACACAGUAGAAAAACCUUUUAAAUGUACUGAAUGUGAGAAGAGUUUCAGAAAGGAGUCCCAGCUUUUAUGUCAUCAGAUAAUUCAUACGGGGGAGAAGCCUUUUAAAUGCACCUUGUGUGGAAAAUGUUUUAGAAGGAAUAAUCAGCUAUCUGUCCAUAUGAGAAUUCACACAGGGGAGAAACCUUAUCAUUGUAAUGACUGUGGAAAAAGUUUCACAACUAGAUUUUAUUUCAAUAAGCAUCAAAUGAUUCACACGGGGGAGAAACCAUUUAAAUGUACAGACUGUGGAAAGAGUUUUAGGUGGAAGGUGCAUCUUACAGGCCAUCAGAAAGUGCACACCAAGGAAGAACCAUAUAAAUGCACUGAAUGUGGAAUGAGUUUUCGAUGGAAUACUCAGCUUUUGCGUCAUCGUAGGAGUCAUACAGAAGAAGGAGCACCUUUGAUAUGCACAGAGUGCGGAAGGAGUUUUUCAGCUGAACAUUCUUUUAUUAGUCACAUAAUGAGUCAUGUAGGGGAACAGAUGUUAGAAAAUGGAGAGCACAGAGCAAACUUCAAGAAGAAUAGUUAUCUUGCAAACCUUCAGAAGAUUCGUACAAGAGUUAAGACUUUCUUAUGUGCAGAGUGUGGUAAAAGCUUCACAACUGAUUAUUCUUUUAAAAAACAUCAGAGAAUACACACAGGGGAGAAACCAUAUGAGUGCAGUAAAUGUGGGAAGAGUUUUACCACAAAGUUUUAUUUUGCUAAACACCAGAUGAUUCACACAGGAGAGAAACCAUUUAAAUGUGCUGAGUGUGGAAGCAGCUUCCGGUGGAAUAGUCAGCUUUUGAACCAUCAAAGAAAUCACUCUGGUGAGAAGCUUUUUGUCUGUACACAGUGUGGAAAAAGUUUCACAACAAAAUUUUAUUUUGUCAAACACCAGAUGAUUCAUACAGGAGAGAAACCUUUCAAGUGUCCUGAAUGUGGAAAGUGUUUUAGAUGGCAAAACCAACUUGCAAACCAUUUACGGAUUCACAGAGAAGGGAAACUUUUUCAUUGUUCAGAAUGUGGGAAGGGUUUCACAACUAAAUUUUAUUUUAAAAAGCACCAAAUGAUUCAUACUGGAGAGAAGCCUUUUAAAUGUACUGAUUGUGGCAAAAGCUUUAGAUGGAAGGUUCAUUUGACAGGCCACCAGAAGCUGCAUACAACGGAGAAGCCUUUCAAAUGUACUGAUUGUGGGAAGAAUUUUAGAUGCAAUUCCCAGCUUUUACGUCAUCGAACAAUUCACACAGGAGAAAAGCCUUUUAAAUGUACUGAAUGUGGUAAAGGCUUUAGAUGGAAAGUCCACCUCACAGGACAUCAGAAGGUGCAUACAAAGGAAGAGCCUUUUAAAUGUACUGAAUGUGGUUUGAAUUUUAGAUGGAAUACUCAGCUGACACGUCACCAAAAGGUUCACACGCAAGAAAUUACUUUGAUUUGUACAGAGUGUGGAAAGAGUUUUAUAAGUGAACAGUCUUUUAUUAAACACCAGAAGACUCAUAAUGAGAAUACAAAGACUUCAUAAAAAAUACAAAAACGACAGUCUAAACUGUGUUCAAUUUAUUAAGUGUCAACAGCAUGGAGCAGACAGGAAAACUGAUGGACAUUCAUGAAGGUUUUCAGACUAAACUCUUAGAUGCAAAUGCUGUGACCCAUUCUGCCAAAAAAAAAGUAUUGCUAGUCCUGAAUUUUAACAUAUUGUAGCUAUAUGUAAAGAAUUAUUUUUUGUAUUUCCUGAUUUAAUUACUCUUGUUAUGACCUGGUAAUAUAUUCUUAUCUUACCAGAUGUGGGCAGUGUCUUAAAGAAAUUUCAUUCAUUAGCAAUUUUGGUUCUAGAACUUAAACUAAGAAUUCAGUAUUUUGUGUGUGUGUGUGUGUGUGUGUGUGUGUGUGUGUGUGUGUGUGUGUGUGUGUG